AUGAUGCAUUAUCAUUUUUCGGUUGUAACAAAUGAAACCUAUCAAACUUCUGAUUCCCGUACAUCUCGGAAGAAAGCGCUUCAGAGACAAUACGAAAAAGUUUUAAAAGAAAUAGAGAGAAUUGGCUACAAAAUUUAUAAUCUUGACGAAUUAAUUAAGACGUCAUCUAGUUCCCGACGAACGAAAAACUACCUUAAAAAAAAGAAAGAACACCCCUCCAGACCAUUAAAUAAAUUCAUGAUUUUCAGAAAGAAUUAUGAGGAAGGUCUCCGACAGAAAAAAGAAGCUACGAAUAUAGAAGCCGUGUCCAAAGACGCGGCCACCGAGUGGAUGAAUUUAAAAGGCUCGCAAGUCUCAGCUCUCUUCGAGGAGAUAUCAAAAUUGGCCGAAUUGUAUCAUAAAGUACAAUAUCCGGACUAUAAAUUUAAACCCUGCAAAAAAAAAUCAAGCCUUUCAAGCCCUGAACUAUUAUCAAGUCCCGAAGAUUCUUCUUCAACUCAAAUGUCACCGACAUCAGACCAAAACCUCGAACCGGAGGACACCCUAUCUACAAAUAAUUUUAUUAUGGAUUCCGGAGAGUCCGAACAAUCAAUUAAUUUACCUUUCUUCCCAGAUCAAUCUUCAGUUUUCGCUGUUCCCAGCGCAGGAAUUUCCACUGAAGAUGAUUUAUCAGGACUUUACCAAAUAACAAUAUUUAACGAGGAUCAAAACAUGGGGGUUUAUGACCCAACAACAUUAAAUUCAUCAUAUCACCAUGAGCAAAACAUGGAGAUUUACGACCCAUCAACAUAUCACGAGGAGCAAAACAUUGAGAUUUACGACGAAUCAACAUAUUUACCAUAUCACCAGGAGGGGUUUUACGACCCUUACGACCUUUACAACCAAAUAACAUAUAAUAAUUCACCAUAUAUCCAGGAGCAAUUUCUUUCGGUGGAGAACAUAGAAAAACCGAUGGACAUUAACGAAAAUAAUGGGAUUCUACACGAUAUGUGGCAUCAAACUACAGACAACAAUAUAACUCCUACGAUUACAUACUCACAAGAAAUCGAUGACAAUACGGUGCUUACUACACCGAGUCAAGAAUAUAAACUUUUUGAUGAAUUUAUUGAUUGUAAUGGGAGUCAAUGA